GGAUGUUUGUGAAAGGAUGAGACUAAUCGAUGCUUGACAUGAAUGAGAUGUUGAAUCAAAAAUUAAGCUAUAAAGACAGGAGACUUUCAAUUUUGCCUACCUCACUUCCCCACAUAAACAAUACUCUCACUACCUAAGUAUCUAUUCAAUAUGACAAAAGACCCUCAAGACUUAUCUAAAGGCGACAAAGUCUCCUGGCAAUGGGGAUCUGGAAAUCCUGGCGGUAAAGUACAGGAAGUUGUCGAGGGCGAGGCAAAGACAACCACCAAACGUGGAAAUGAGAUCAAGAAGUCAGGUGACGAAGAAGACCCGGCUGUUGUUAUCAAGGCCGAUUCAGGCAGUAAUGCGAUCAAGAAGGCAAGCGAACUUGACGGUGUAAAGCCUUAAAAUCCUUCUCCAUGUAAUGUAGAAAUACAACAUUGUCGUCCAAUUAUGUGACAAGUAUACAAA